AUGCUUUAUCUCGCCGCGGUAGAAUACCGUGAAGCGAACGGAUUAACUCUUGGCGAUCUGGAUUUUGCGCGCUCGACGAUCGAGUCGGUCGCAAAGAGUAUAAAAUCGAGACCCACGUGGUGGUUUUCUGGCAGUCAGUUUAUGCUCAGGGAUGGAACUGAUUCGUUAAAGAACAAGCCAAGCCCAAAACCUAGGAAUCUGAAUAAAUUCAAUGAAGCGAUGGACCAAGUUGAGCGCGCUAUGGCCCAGGCAGAACUGUCCAGAAAAACAGCGAAACUGACUGAUCUGAGAAAAGAUAUCACGGGGGCGGUAAACAGAGGAAAUGUGAG